AUGGCCUUCAGUACAAGCGAGUACAAAACUCGCUUGUGGCGUGCAAUGCAUUUGACCGAGUUGAUGUACCCACCUCCGUCGAAGCGAAGGCGAUCCGACUUCGACAACUCCCAGGCUUCCAGUCCGGAGUCAAGCAUCACGGCCAGCACUAUCGGCAGCCCGCUGGGAAUAUCUGUGGCGACUGGCUAUACGCCACCGGGUCGACUUGGAGCAUACCGCAUGGAAGUCGGGCGUGAUAUACGGCUGGACGCAAGACUUCUGACUGUCCUGACGAAUUAUGGUUUGCAUGUUGCAAGAACACCGACGCCCCUGGCGCUCUUGACGCCGAACUCUAGCCUCGAAGAAAUAAAAGCACGUAUUCAGGAAGCUGACAGGGACGUUGAGGGCCUUUGCGAGCAUUUGCCGAACAAUCUACCUCACGAUGAUCUGGAGCUUCAAGUCGAGUAUCGACGCGAAACCAUCACUGGGCAGAAGUGGAACUCAAUCGAUCUUCAUAUCUACAGACCAGUAGUGAAAGGUGGCCCUCUACCGUGUAUCCUGCAGUGUCACGGAGGAGGUAGCAUUGCAAGUUUCGGACUCAAUAACAAAGUCUACAUCCGCUGGUGUCGUUCGCUAGCGGCGCAGGGGAUGGUCGUGAUCAGUGUCGACUACCGCGAUCCAAUCCACUUGGCAGAAGGCUUGUUCCCCAAUGGCCUCAACGAUAUCUGUGCAGCUACAGUGUACGUGCAUAGCCAUCGUUCGACACUCAACAUUAGGAAUAUCGUCCUACAAGGCGAUGCAAUGGGCGCGAAUCUAGUGCUUGCAGCUGCUAUCAAGGCGAAGCAGGACGGGUGGUCUAACAAGAUCGAUGGCGUAUAUGCGCAGUCACCAAUGAUUUCCAACGCCUACAACUGGUCCGAAGCCCGGAAAUUACAGGAGCUACCAUCGUUGCUCGAAUGCCAUGGCUACCUCGUCAAUGUCGACUAUAUGGCUUACGCAGCACAUCUGUACACGCCACGGUCUGUGGACGGCACUAACCCUUUAGCAUGGCCUCAUCAUGCCAACAGACUGGAGCUCCAAGGCCUGCCGCCUCAUGUUCUGGCUUUGGACGAGCUUGAUCCGCUACGCUCUGAAGGCGAGGCCUAUCUGCGGAAGCUGGUACAGGCUGGGGUUCCAGCCGUCGGGCAUGUCAAUCUUGGAACAGUUCAUGGUGCGAGCCUAAUAUUUCGUCAAGCUGUGCCGGAAUUACACCGGGCGGCGGUGAGGUCGGUGGCGGCGUUUGCGAAGCAGGUAUGA